AUGAAUAGCCAAAUAAACAAGGCACCUCUGUCAAAGAGUCUUUUGCUGGUCCCCAGUACCCUGUCCCUUCUUCUGGCCCUCCUACUGCCUCACUGUCAGAAGUUCUUCGUAUAUGACCUCCACGCCAUCAAGAAUGAAUUCCAGAUUUGGAGGUUGAUAUGUGGAAGGAUAAUUUGCCUUGAUCUGAAAGAUACUUUCUGCAGUAGUCUACUUAUUUAUAAUUUUAGGAUAUUUGAAAGAAGAUAUGGAAGCAGAAAAUUUGCAUCCUUCUUGUUGGGGUCCUGGGUUUUGUCAGCCUUGUUUGACCUUGUCCUCGUUGAAGCCAUGCAGUACUCAUUUGGUAUCACUGCGGCCAGUAAUUUGCCUUCAGGAUUCUUGGCACCUGUGUUUGCUCUGUUUGUACCAUUUUACUGCUCCAUACCAAGAGUCCAAGUGGCACAAAUUCUGGGCCCAUUGUCCAUCACAAACAAGACACUGAUUUAUAUAUUGGGACUACAGCUUUUCACCUCUGGUUCCUAUAUCUGGAUUGUAGCCAUAAGUGGACUUGUAAGUAUGAUUUUCCCCCCUUCCCUCUCUGUUCUAAAAAAUAAAAACUAGGAAAAAAAAAUGUCAUGCUUAGAUUGUGAGGCCUACUCACCUGUCCCUGACACUUGCCAGGGCUGCCUCAAUGCCACUUCCUUAGUGACUACAAAGGGCCGCUUAUAUGGAAAAUCAAGACAAAGGAGCCAGUUUGUCUCAGGGGGUUUUUUUGUUGUUGUUGUUGUUUUGCU